AUGCACCGUGGACGUCCUGGACCUGCAGACGCUGGACUGCCGGACGCAGGUCCCGAGCGCCGCGUGCGGUGUCUCCCCUGGCGCGCGCGCCGGGCACAGCGGCACCCUGCUCUCCAAGGGCCGCGGGGCCGAGGGCGUGCUGGUCGUCGGCGGGGAAGACCUGGUCCCGGCAGGCCGCCCUGCCCGCUGCCCCGACGCCUCUGGCCCAUCACCUCUGGCUGGACGGGCUCCGCGACGCGUCGCUCCGGUGGUCGGCCGCGUGCCCCGGGGCCGCGUGCGCCCCGGGCUCCGAGCGGGGCCACGCGGCCUGCCGCCUGGCCUGCGGCUCCGAGAGCCUGCUGCUGCUGGGCCCCGGCGCGGCCGGGGCGGUGGUGGCCGGGCGGCCGCGGGCCGUGCAGCUGCUGGGCCAGGCGGCCCCCGAGGCCUCUCGAGGCGCGGAGAGGCUGCGGGGCAUGCGCGCUGCCAGACGGCACGGUGCUGCUCUACGGGGGUCGCGCCCUGGCGGACGGGCGCGUGUUCGACGACAUGUGGGCGGUCCACACCGGCGCGAAGACCGACUUCUUCCUGCAGGUGCAGCGUGAGAUCAGCUUCCUGGGCAAGAUGCGGCGGCGCGUGGACCGCCUCCGGCAGCAGGACACGUCCUCAAGCAGCGACUCCGUGGGGGCCGGGCCCGCUGGGGCGGCCGGCGGCGGUGCGGGCGGGCCGGGGCUCGCGGAGGACCUGCUGGCCGACCUGGCCGGCAGCGGCGGCGAGAGCGCCGCGGGGCUGGCGCGCGGUGGUUAUGGCGGCGGCUCCAGCGACGAGGACGACUCGGACGAGUGA